CGGAGGGAUUGAGAGUGGCGAGUGGAGCGAGGAGCUGAGCUGCUGCUGCUGCUACUGCAGCAACCACCACGACCACCGCCACCACGACUGAUCCCACAAAGACCACCGCAGUCACCCACCGCCAGCCUGUCAACCUCCUCUACAAGGCGAGAACGAGAUGUCCGGGCAGCGGCCCCAGUGCUGUGACCACCCGGGAGGGAUCCUGGAUCUGGAACUGCCGCCGCCGCCACCACCGUGCCCCACCGAUGACUCGGAGCUCAUCAAGCCGCGCCGCCUCGUGAACCCCGUGAAGGAGUCGCGGGACCACCGAGACCUCCACCGCGAGCUCAUCUGCAACCACAAAACGGGCAACCUGCCGCUGAACAAGCCGGAGCUGCAGAAGGUGAUGGAGAAGAGGAAAUGGGAGCAAGCCGGGCGGCAGCGGAAGGAGGAAGAGGCCUCGAAAAUCAACCCCCUGGAGAAGGAGCUUCAGAAGCGACAGCAGAAACUUGAGCAGCUGGAGUUGGAGCAGCAGAGGCAGGAGGAGGCCCAGAAGGAGGCCCCGGAGUUCGUGAAGGUGAAGGGAACGCUACGCAGCGCCGCCAAGACCCCGUCAGAGCAGCCCAGCAUGGAGCAGUGAUAAACCCACACCCAGCCCAGCAUGGAGCAGUGAUAAACCCACACCCAGCCCCGUAUUGCAGCAUAGAUAAACCCACACCCAGCCCAUGUUGCAGCAUAGAGAAACCCACACUCAGCCCAUAUUGUAGCAUUUAUAAACCCACACCCAGCCCAUAUUGUUGCAUUUAUAAACCCACACCCAGCCCAUAUUGCAGCAUAGAUAAACCCACACCCAGCCCAUAGUGCAGCAUAGAUAAACCCACACCCAGCCCAUGUUGCAGCAUAGAUAAACCCACACCCAGCCCAUGUUGCAGCAUAGAUAAACCCACACCCAGCCCAUAUUGCAGCAUAGAUAAACCCACACCCAGCCCAUAUUGCAGCAUAGAUAAACCCACACCCAGCCCAUGGUGCAGCAUAGAUAAACCCACACCCAGCCCAUGUUGCAGCAUAGAUAAACCCACACCCAGCCCAUGUUGCAGCAUAGAUAAACCCACACCCAGCCCAUAUUGCAGCAUAGAUAAACCCACACCCAGCCCAUAUUGCAGCAUAGAUAAACCCACACCCAGCCCAUGUUGCAGCAUAGAUAAACCCACACCCAGCCCAUAUUGCAGCAUAGAUAAACCCACACCCAGCCCAUAUUGCAGCAUAGAGAAACCCAGCCCAGCAUGGAGCAGUGAUAAACCCACACCCAGCCCCGUAUUGCAUCAUAGAUAAGCCCACACCCAGCCCGUAUUGUAGCAUUUAUAAACCCACACCUAGCCCAUAUUGCAGGAUAAACCCACACCCAGCCCAUGUUGCAGCAUAGAUAAGCCCAUACCCAGCCCAUAUUGCAGCAUAGAUAAACCCACACCUAGCCCAUACACACUCCAUUGGUAAAACGCCCAGCCAUUGCACAGUGAAACACCGGCUAGACCCAUUACACUAACCAGCCAGCCAUGAAUCACUGCAGUAGCGAUGGGCCCAGCCAAUCCACCCCACCGACGACGAGGAAUCCAUUGCCCUCGCGUCCCAGACCACACGCAGUGACCCAGCGGGGUAGACCCAUCGCACGGAGCGGGAGAACUUGCCCAGCACGUUUGGACAUCAACGCAUCUUCCUCAAGGCCUCUCUGAAUGUAGGCCUUAUAUUUAAUUGCAUUCAGAAUCACACAAGAUCCAUACAUUGACAAACAAAUGCAAUUGUCUGCAAAGUUUGCUUGCACAAUAUUUAAAAAAAAUAAAUGAUAAAAAAACGAUAAAAAUAUAAGUAGAUAGUUACCCAUAAAAUACUUGUAAUAAUGUUAAAUAGUAAUAGCGAAGCGAUCUGGGAGUGGCUCGGAGAGCUCAAGAUGGCCAUGUCACCGAGCUGGCACUGCUGUGGUUCUGGGUUUGAAUUCUGGCUCCACUUGCGUGUGAUUUAAACCGGGGGCUCGCGUACAGCCAGUCGGUGGUCUCAGCCUUGUCACCAAUCACUGCACAAAUAACCCUCGUCACAUUCAGUGUAGGUUGUCACUUAAUUUGGCACGUGGCAGCUAAUGAGGGGCUACGAUUUUCAGUUUUCUCAUCUAUAUCCUUUGCAGGGCAUAUACUGUCCAUACGUGCUGCUGCCAUAGUGUGACUGGAUCUGAGGCCUGUUGAAGUGACUUCAGAAGUAGUUCUGUGAUCUCAUCUUUUGGGGGCCACAGUGACUCGGUAAUGUGGCGCUGCUCACCUCGUGAGUUCCCGAUCGAAACGCCGCCUUUUCGUGACAUGGGCGCCAUUAGCAAGAGAGGAGUAUAAUUUGUUGAAAGAAAAAAUCUAAGUAAUAGAGCAACAACAAUAACGACUUAAUUACUUUUAUUAUAACCCGUGAAUAUUUUAAUGCAUGCGCAUAACUCUGAAUGGUGCCAUGAAAGUGAACGUUAUUUAAGUAAACAUUAUUUUCUGGCGGAGGAGGCUACACGGGGUGAAGGUGCGUCGGUUUAAAGUGAAAAACGUGAAUCGUGUGAUUAUUUUUUUUGGGUUUCCUCCCCCCCCCCCCUCUGGUACCGAUUCGAUCCGUGCCAAACCGACAUCGCGCGUGCCGGAGAGCGGCGACGCUUGCUGCGCGCGCUACACUGCUCAGGAAUGGGGGGGCGGGGGGGGGGGCGCUGAUGCCUGUGUGAGGUGAGGCUCUGAGUUCCUGCACUGACCCCUCGAGGUGGAAUAGUGGUGAUGGUAGUGAUGAUGGCGAGGAUGGUAGUAGGAGCGACGUUGUGAUUUGUGACGGACGCACUUGUUGAGUUGUCCAUCGGGGAUCGAUGUGGGGCUUGUGACAGAAGCAUACGGGACCCAGCUUGCGUCUUGUUUAUUUACGUACGUUCAUAAACAUGACGCACGUACGUACGUGCACACGUGACGUGCACACGUACGUACGCGCCGGCAUGGGUUUUUGUUUUAUUUAUCAUCGGUGACUCCCAGCUGUCGUUUUUUUGGAGUCGCCUUGGCACGACGUGGGGAGACAGCUCUUCCAGAUGUCCUUCAGUCAAGAGAACAUCGCUUCACAUCGGGGAAUUGCCCGAGAAGAUGACAUGACAGGACUAAUUCCGAGUCGAUUCACAAGGCCUCUCUCUCCCCCCCCCCCAACUCGCCAGUAAGAGGGAGCCAUGAGUCAUCACGCAAAUUACUCCCGUGGAUUUUCACUUUCCGGCUGUAGGGAUAACGUUAGUGGGAAAGAAAUUGCAAAAACAACAUUCGUAGUCAUCGCCAAGCUUCUGUUUAUUUGGACAAAUCUGGCGCGUGUAUAAAAUGUGAGGUGCGAACCGGUCAGAGCUUUACUUAAAAUUAACUUGCAAAAACAUUAAAACGCAGAGAACUUUUGGUAUCUGUGUUAAAGCUUGUCUUGCUCCAACGCAAUAUUAUGAAGCCGACCGAUUGCGUAUAGAAACACAAAUGCUUUAAAAUAAAUAGACUUCUCUCGUUGGUUUCAAUCGAAGGUGGAAUUUAAAAAAGGAAUAUAUUUCCACAUUGUCAAAACCACAAGCCGAUUGUGUUUUUUUUAAUGACAAAAACACUUCACCAACCCCCUGGCUUCGUUGGCGUUCGAAGUCCGGUGACCGUGGGGGCUUCGGCGUAAACGACCGACUGGCGGGGCGUGCGGUGUGCCCCGCGCGCAUUUCACGCGGCAGUGCGGUGUUUGUGGUCACCCACGGCGAUGUGCCACUGCCGUCUGUGAAGCUUCACUUUGCUCUGUAUCUGUCCAGCAAGGCGGCGCUGUGCUCCGAGCAUUUGUCUAAUCUUUGGAAGGUCUGGGGUUAACGUGACCCAACCAUCAUCACUUUUCUGGGGGGGGUCGAUAAAAUAGGAACUGCUUUAUGGGAAGCCCGCAGGUGGUUAAAUUGUAUCUCCCUGCUCUAAGUGUUACCAGGUAGCGUCUUUGAGCCAGUGGUGGUAAUUCCACAUUUCCAUGAUGGGGGCCAAAUUAUUCCUAGGACCACCACUAUGAAAGACCCCAGUGGAGACUCAUGUAUUGACCCUAAAGAGAUGAUGGACUUGUAUGUCCUCUGAACCGUGCGUAAAGCCACCGUCUGCGUUCAGACUGUGGGUCAAAAUCCUCUCACGGCUGUCGAGCUGGGCAGAGUGCGCCGCUGCAGGAACAGCACCGCCGCGAGACGGUGGUGCUGUGGGUACAGUAACUUGCCUCUGUCGCCAGUCUUGGCAUUACAAAAAUAUUCCAUUUCAGCCGCCCUAAGUUGGCACGGAGUCAAUGGGCAGCAAUCACACAGCCAUACACCGAUGUUUUGAAGCCGCGUUCAUGAGUAACAAAAUCUCCUUUAAAGUUGCCGGUUGGGCACUCUCUGGGACAUCGCCGCCGCGUCGCUCCCGUGCCUGUGGACGCGUCGUUGCAAUGCCGUCCCGAGUGUCGGACCAGGUGAUGUUUAAACGUCUGUCGUUCAGUCAACGCUUCUUCACACUUGCGUUGGGGCGGCCUGGCGCGCCCAGCAUUGGGUGGGCAUCCAUGGAAUACCCAGCCGCACUGUUCCGAGUUGGUCGGGCUGGCUGCCUGCCAGCGGGAGGUGGCACGCUGGGACCACCGCCACUGCUGGGAGGGAGGUCGCAAGGGACCAAGAGCAGUGGCGGGGUUGACUAUAUUGUCAGUGGCGUGGUAACGACAUUGUCAGUGGCGUAGUGACGAUAUUGUCAGUGGCAUAGUGACGACAUUGUCAGUGGCGUGGUAACGACAUUGUCAGUGGCGUAGUAACUGGUGACGAUAUUGGCUGCUCAGGGGGUGCGGCAAUCGGUGAGGUGGGGCCCCCCAAUAUUUGAUUUGUCACGCACGGUCGCCAAACGUUACUGCUGUAAUUAAAUUAAAAUUAAAACGUGGGACGUAAAAAUAAAUCAUUUUCACUUUUAAAAAAGACAUUAAAACCGCGUUUUAAAUAAGUUUGUUAUUUUACACUGUUGAAAACCUAUCUCAUGAUGGUAGUAUAGGGGGACCCAAACUCGUAGCUGUGGCCACCGGGGGAUGGGGGGGCAAGGCGCCUCCUGGCUGCCCCCCGCGCUCGUUCCGCUGCUGGCCGAGAGGAGCGCGGGUUGCGUGGCGCGGUGGAGCGGCGGUCGUUUGGGACGAAACUAAAACAACUAGAAACCCCGUGAGCUUGUUGAGUGGCGAGCGCCACAGCCGUGCGACUUGAUGUCAAAACGAACAAAAAUGCAUCGCCGUGUCUCGUCUGUAAAGUAUUUAAGUGUACGUCGUGUGUUUAUAUUUUUUUUGUAUGUAAAAAAAGAACAACAGAAAGAUUACGUUAUUUUGAUACCUGACUAGUUUUGUCCAUUUUGUGUUUCCAUCUGUGACUCGCCUAAUAAAGGUGCAUUUCCAUAAACACG